UCGUACAUUCUGGAAUCCAACCCUACGGCCCUACCUGUAACAUUGCCGGCGCUUUGCUUCAUUUAAAAAAGAAUUACUACAUUUCUUCUUCUCACCUCUCACCUGGGAAUCCCACCGGCGGCUGAGACGGCGAACUAUGUCGACGGCGACGCCCUUCUCUGGCGCUGUGAACUCUUUCACAGCGGCGAGGACCGUCCUCAUAACUGGAGUGAGCAAAGGCCUCGGCAGAGCCCUAGCUCUCGAGCUCGACAAGAGAGGCCAUACUGUCAUCGGAUGCUCUCGGUCUCAGGAGAAGCUCUCCGCUCUUGAAUCCGAGCUGUCGUCCCCUGCAAAGCAUCUCUUUCUCACCGCCGAUCUGAAAUCUAACAGCAGUGUGGAAGAAUUGGCGCGUGCAGUUGUGGAAAAGAAGUGUGUCCCAGAUAUCAUAGUUAACAAUGCUGGCACUAUCAAUAAGAACAACAAGAUUUGGGAUGUCCCUGUAGAGGAAUUUGAUGCUGUUAUUGAUACAAACGUUAAAGGGAUAGCAAGCGUGCUGCGCCACUUCAUCCCAUUGAUGAUCCCACACAAGCAAGGAAUCAUCGUAAACAUGUCUUCUGGAUGGGGAAGAUCUGGUGCCGCCCUGGUUGCACCUUACUGUGCAUCAAAAUGGGCGGUUGAAGGUUUGAGCAGAGCAGUGGCGAAGGAGGUACCUGAAGGAAUGGCAGUGGUUGCACUUAACCCAGGUGUGAUCAACACAGACAUGCUUGCUUCGUGCUUCGGCAACUCAGCUUCCCUAUACCAAGCACCAGAUACCUGGGCUGUUAAAGCUGCGACGAUGAUUCUGAACCUUACGGCAGCGGAUAACGGUGCAUCUCUGACGGUCUGAAGCUUUAACAAUACAUUUUAUUUUUCAGUUCCUGAUAAAUCUUUUGGUUAGAAAAUUUAUUCUGUAGAGAGUUUGCAAACACCGGCACUGUUCCAUGUCCAAAUUUCCUGUUAAGGUUUAGAAUAUGAAACUCAACUUUCUAACACAAAAUACUUUAUUCCUCA